UGGGACAACCACGAACGCAGUCUGCAAUUGGAGCAAGUUCACCGAGCUCGUGUUCUAAAGCGAAUCAACGAGAAGGUGAUGAACAAGGAGGGCACAUGGAUCGACUGGCAGUAUUUGUUGACCGCUGCCGAUCGACUUCGGGAUUGCCGUUACACGCUGAAAUACACCUACCCGUUUGCUUAUUUCUCGGAGAAUUUCGAGCGGAAAGAACUUUUCGAGUACCAACAAGCUAUGCUCGAAUUGGAGGUGGAAGAACUGUCCUGGAAGAUUGAACAUGCGGAGGUUACGGACCGAGCCGAUUUGCAGAAUGCGAUGGAUGUUUGCGAAAAGCAUCGGCAAACUCUGCUUCAGGAAUUUCUAUCCGAUUAA